AUGGAACGCCCCCCUUUCGAACGGCGGUCAUCCGCGAAGCAAAACCGUCUGUCGCUCUUUUCACGCGCAUCCAACACCCAUGAGCACAAUUUCAAGGGGUACGAGCGCAUUGUCGGCUUCGAUACGAUGCCCGAUGCAGAGUCGACCGUGAGCGGCACAGCCUCCUAUACAUUGCAGAUGAAGGCAAAAGAAUAUACAAGAACCAAGCAUACACGUACGUUUAUGUGUGCUGUCGAUGCGACGGAAGCUAGUGAGCCUGCGUUGGAAUGGAUUAUGGAGAACCUGGUCGACGAUGGCGAUGAAGUGGUGGCUGUGCGUGUGCUGGACUACGAAGAAGAACCCAUUAUUGAUCAGAAAAAAGCGCGUGAAGCGGCGAACAAUCUGCUCAGCGCCAUUGUCGAGCUGAAUCGGGCAUCCGGCGACGAGCGAAAGAUCUCUAUUACAGUGGAAUUUAUGAGCGGCGAUAUCAAAUCAACCAUUCUACACAUGGUCCGUGUGUACCGGCCCGAAAGCCUUACCAUCGGCACACGCGGCAAGCAGGUAUCGACGUUGGAAAAAAUGCUGGGGACGACCCCGAUUGGGAACCUGAGCAAGCAGCUCAUCUGGCAGUGCCCUGUGCCUGUGAUCAUUGUGCGUCCUGAAGACCGGAUCCAGAAGCAUCUGAUCAAGCGUUUGACCGAUCCACGGCGCCACGAAUACGCGGACAUCGUGAAAGACGAUCCUACCUUGCCGAUGCGACGCUCCUCUGGCUCCCCUUAG